ACGUGAUAGCAUUGACCAGUCGUAAAGGAAGUUGCUAGAGGUUACGCCUCCAAAGACAACGUAAACCAAUAAGCGCGUGUGUUGAUUCCGUAGUGGGCGGGGUCAUUUGAAUCUGGGAAAUGUUGCAUCAGAAUGACAUUUCAGCAAGUUCCGAUAAACGCUGUAAUUACUAUCAUAUUAUUGUAAUUGCUUCAUCUUCAUAUCAGGUAUAGAUGCAAAUUUACGUACAUAACUAUUUCAUUCAGCGUAAUGUCUUUGUUGACCAUUAAACUCGCUGAACUCCGAGACAGUCAUCUGAGAAUCUGCAGCUCUCCAGGAAACCACACUCGGAUUACUCAAAACCAGUCAUGACCAAACAUGCGCUUCUGUCAUCGGAGGCAAAACUGUGGAGAUCUCUGGCUUGUGCAAAGUCAGAACUCCGUCUGGAUCUCACUCUUGCCUGUGGUCAGUCUUUCCGCUGGAGAGAAACUGCAGAGGGCCACUGGACUGGAGUGAUGGGAGGCAGAGUUUGGACUUUGACCCAGACGGAUGACGCCCUGUGGUACUAUGUCUAUAAAAAACAGGACGGGCUGGAGGGAAGUGAGAGGAAGAGGAAAGCUAGUAUUUCUCCUGUGGAGGAAAAUAAAUCAAAAAAGAGAUUGAAAGCUGUGAAGGAUGAAGGGGAGCCAGCGGAUGCGACUGUGCAAGACUGCGACGUGGAAGAGAAGCUGCUGAGAGGUUACUUCCAGCUGGACGUGAAGCUGGGGGAUCUGUACUCAGACUGGGGGGCUGCGGACCCUCACUUCAAGCGCAUAGCUGACAUCUUCACAGGUGUUCGAAUGCUGCGCCAAGAACCCACUGAAUGCCUGUUCUCCUUCAUUUGCACCUCCAACAACCACAUCUCUCGUAUCCAGGGCAUGGUGGAGCGACUGUGUGAGGCUCUGGGCUCGCCGCUCUGCCAGCUGGAUCAAGCAUCUUAUUACGACUUUCCUUCCCUGUCUUCACUUGCAGACGGCAGCGUAGAGACGCGCCUCAGGGAUCUGGGUUUUGGAUAUAGGGCUCGGUUUUUGCAGCAGAGUGCGAAGCAAAUUAUUGACGUGUAUGGGAUCCAGUGGCUUGAAAGUCUCCGCAGUGUCCCGUAUCCCCAGGCCCGUAAUGCUCUGCGCACUCUCCCUGGUGUGGGAACCAAGGUGGCAGACUGCGUGUGCCUGAUGUCCCUGGAUAAAGCAGAGGCCGUGCCCAUAGACACACACGUGUGGCAGAUUGCUAAGCGUGACUACCAAUACAGUGCUGGCAGUGGACAGAAGAGCAUCACAGAUAAACUUCAUCGUGAUCUUGGUGAUUUUUUCAGAGCACUCUGGGGUCCUUAUGCUGGUUGGGCACAGUCGGUGUUGUUCUGUGCUGACCUGAAGAAAUUCCAAAAGUUCAAACAAUCACCAGUGAAGCAGCUGAAGAACGAGGAAGAGAAUGAGGACAAGCAGCCAGAGAUGUUUAUCAAGAGUGAGAAGAUGUCAUGAUAACCACCAGCCCAUGAAGAGAAACGUUUAACGAACGUUUAACAAACUAUUUGUCCCUGUACUACAGUUUACUACCACAAAAGCAGCACAAGUGUGUGUGUGUGUUUGUGUGUUUAGAAUAAGAACAAAGUCCAUAAUGUGAUAAUGUAAUGAACUCUAGUGUGAGAGACUAUUUGCAUUGUUACACCUACUGAAGAUUGUUCAAGUCGAGCACAAACACCCAGUGUUCUCCUGCUAGAUGUUACCAGAAGUGGCCUCCAGGUGGCAGCAAAUGUGCAGAACAACGUCACAGCCUUUAUCUAUCAGGUACUAUUAUGUAUUAUUACUAUUAAUUCGUUCUGUCAAACCCUGUAGUUAUUGUUAAAUCAUAUGCUAACGUGAUUUGUAUGUGUGCUUGUUUAAGUAGGUCACAAAAUGCUAGCGUUGACUUUCCUUUGCAUUUCUUGCAUAAAUUGAGGACAUGUGUGGUUUGGCACAAAAAGGCUGUUUGUCUCAGUGGCUGUGUAAAGCUGUCUGUACAUUUAUCUAUAGGCAUUAGUUGAGUGUGUCAGCUGGUCUUUUUAUAGCGGGGACAGCAGUUAUCUGCUGUCACUGCUUGGGGCUAGUGUGACAGCAGAGUCAUGUCUCUCGGGGUGUGUGCCCUAUUAUUGUCCCUUUGCUGCAAUAGCAGAGCAAUAUUUUUGUUUUCUCAAAAUAUGAAAAGUGAUUUCAUACUUAAACCACACAUUACCACCAAGACCAAUUCUGUUGUCUGAGGAGCAUUUUCUGACAUUCAGGCGUGUGAGCAGGUGCAUCAUAUGUCUUUGUUGCUGCAUCGCUGUGCAUGUUUGUCUCUGCACGUUUUACAUCCACACGAGUGUCUCCUUUGGGGUGGAGUGCAGCCAUGUGAAGUAAAUAUGUGAGUCAGCUUUUAUUCCCACUCCAGUUGAGCUGGAUGGAAGCUGGGGCCCAGCUUCAGGGCCUCUUCAGAGUCAUACAAGACUAAAAAUAGAGCCAAGAGAGCAGGGAUAUUACACAAAUAAUAAUGGACUAGGAUAAGUCAAAGUGUGCUGGAGGUCUGUACACACACAGACACAAACACUGAAACAACACAACAGUGGCCUGGGCGUUAUAUAAGAAGUAGGACUCAGCCGAAUGCCUUCAGGGAUGGUUCAGUCUAAAGGACAGCUCCGUGUGCCUGCUUCAUCUAGGAGACGCUAAUACUUGGUUCAGACGCCAGGGGGCGCCACGCGUGGCUCUGCAGCAGAAUGGAAAACUGUGUCUAGUUCCAGAUGUGCGGUAGCCAGAUUGUAUUUGUUUGCAUCUGGGUGGCAGCAAGUGAGUUUGUGAAGCGAUGAGAUUAUAAAGAGCCAAGUCUGAGUGUCUGUGUGUGGCCUGUAACCGUCUGCACUUUAAACAGACUUAUCGAUACUGUUUAUUAUUCUGGGUUUAUGAUACAGUGACUCUAUUCACACACUUUCAAUGUCAUAAGUACGUGUCUACUUUUAUUACUGUCAUAAAAACAAGUGUAAAUCUCACA